CUUGGUGUUGUUUGUCGGAGGGCCGGGUGCGAGGGUGCAGCUAGGGGAGCUCUCUCUCGAGCUACAGACGAGAAGGCUGCGAUCACCGUCGCGCCCAAGGUAGUCGCUCACGCAAGGCCUUUCCUUUGCCACAUCUCAUUGGCCUUUUGCAGUGCAUUAUACGGAAGAGGGAGCUAAAACUAGCUGUGUGCUCUGGAGGGAACGGUCGCCCCUCCCUUCACCCUGCAACCCCUCUCUGCGAUAGUCGCGUGUGCUUCUGCUGGAAGCUGUUGAGGAGGCCCAGUUCUUUGCACGAUGCUUCCCAGCAGCGUGGGGGGCAGAUACGCUCCUCACCGACAUGGGUCAUCGUAUGCACAGUCCAUGUCGGCGUCGUGGAGCCUUCCGGAUUACUUGAGGCGGAUGUUUGACUACCACCAGAUGGACAUGGAGGCGACGGCGGAUCAAAUGGUUACCCUUCUCAGCGUCAAUCCUCAAAGGGUCUACAAAACGGCGUACUACCGAAAACAAACAAAAAACCACUGGGCAAGAGAUGACCCUGGAUUUGCAGUUCUGCAGACGUUUUUUCUUGUGGUGGCGACGUUCGCCUUCGGCGUGGCGUUUGGCGCUAGGGGCGUGUGGACGUAUGUGGGAUUGUUACUGCACUCGGUGGGGGUACACUGGUUAUUGUGCGGGGUGGUGAUGUCGUCCUUGUGCCGAUGGAUAGCGAAUAGUCGCCUGCUGCAGCACCGGUCUCAUUCCGUGGAGCAAGAGGUGGAGUGGAUGUACGCCUUGGACAUCCACAGCAACUCCUUCUUCCCGCUCUUCGUAUGUCUCUACGUCGUCCAGCUGCUGCUGCUGCCUCUACUGGUGGGUCAGUCGGUAUGGUCUCUCAUCCUGGCCAACACGCUCUACGCCGUGGCUUUCUCGGUGUAUUUCUAUGUUACUCACCUGGGAUAUAGAUCUCUUCCGUUCUUGCACACGACGGAGGUGUUCCUGUACCCGGUGGUGGGGAUCAUCAUGCUCCUGCUGCUUUCCAUCAUACUCUUGCCCUUCGGCAUCCGCAUCAACGCAACCCUCGCCAUGGCAAAAUUGUAUUUCCUAGAUUGAUGAGUAAAGCGACUGCAACGAAUGGUGGUGGUGGAAUCCUAUCCUCCGCGUGUGGUUCUACUCGAUCAAGCAGAGAAUCACCACGAACGUCCUGUGUCUGUAUCUGUACGUGAAGAUGUUCAGCCGACAAGAUACUCGAACGGUAUCUGAAGAACAGCGGUCCCAUUUAUCAAGUGAGAUUGGAGAGGAGAGAAGGCGAACGGACUUGGUUGGCCGUGUUGCGAGUCCCGAGGACCAGAGCUUGCGUAAGACACAUGGGAAGGGGCCGUGAAGCGAGCGACCUUGUGGCCGUUGCCAGGGUGGUAAGACAGCCACACAAAGGGACUGACUGCAAGCAUGUACCCUUGAUGUUUCCUGUAUUCGUUGUACCAAGCCAGCACAUGGCAUGUCUUGUGUCGUGUCUCAUUCGCGGUGCACCUCUUUGGUGUGGUGGCUUUAUUGGUGGCGUGUGUGAUUGCAUCUUUUGCAAAAUGGUGCCAUUGGCAUAGUGGUGUUGGAUGCCAUCGAGAGAAAAGAGGCCAGAGUCGGGCUUCAGUGUUCGAACUUUGUAACUCACACUUGCAAGUACACAUCAAACCACGCGACCCACUCGUCGUCAUGAUUUCCUCCUCAUAGUAAGUGAGGUAGAAACAGAUCGUCGGGAUGAAGCACACCUGUCUUGUGUUCUAUCACCAUCCGCCGUAGUUGUUAUUUAGUGGAUAAGUAGCGUGAUCGAUUUAGUGUAGAAUGCUUACUGCACAGUAUUCCAUCAGAGUAAACAAUGCCCACAGAGACGAAGUACAGGGAAGGCGACCUAGCGGCAAAAAUGAGCUACGACCUCAGUGAAACG